AAACUAGUCACAUAAAGUCUGGAUGAAUUGAACAUAUAAAUUGUCGAUUUGCCCCAGGAAUUGGAAAAAGGAUAAAUCAUCUCUUGCCAAUCCGUCGAUCAGACAUCACAUCGACGUAGUUCUCAAUCACCACCGUCUGAUUGAGCAGCUAUCAGAACCCGCUUCGAAAGAACUCAUCUUCUGGCUUGCUUAACAUGACCUCAAGCAACACCUCAUACCUCAUCAUCGGAGCCGGUGUCUUCGGCGUCUCAACCGCCUACCACCUAAUCCAAAAAUACCCCAAUGCCUCAAUCACUCUCGUGGACCGAGAUGCAUACGACGCCGAGUCUCGGGUAGCCGCAUCCUGGGACUGGAACAAGGUCGUCCGCGCCGACUACGACGACAAGAUCUACUGCAGACUUGCCCUCGAAGCACAAGAUAUCUUCAAGUCUGACCCGCUCUGGCAACCUUAUUUCCACCAGACGGGUGUCUACUGGACGUGUCGCAGCGACUAUGCGCAGAACGUGAUCAACCAUCACAAGGAGCUUGGCCGCAAUGAUGAUAUCAUUGCCCUGCCUGUUUCUGAGGCGCGGAAGCUUUACGGCGGUCUGUUUGAUAAUGCGGAUUAUACUGGCGUUAAGGAGGUGCUUAUUAACAAAGCUAGUGGAUGGGCUGCGGCUGGAGAUGCCCUGCGAGCUGUUACUAAGAAGUGUUUGGAACUGGGUGUUAAGUAUGUGACUGCUGAGGUUGCCACGCUGGAGUUCGAUGGUCGAGGUUCUUGCACGGGUGCGAAGACGAAGGCUCGUCAGGUUUUGUCUGCUACGCAUGUUAUUGUCGCCGCGGGCGCUUUCACGCCCACGUUGUUGGAGUGGAGUGCGGCGAGUAGUGGCAAUGCGGGUCUGAGGGCUGGAGAGAGGAUUCUGGCUGCGGGAAUCACGACGGGAAUGGCUCAGUUGAAGAAGGAGCAGUAUGAGAAGUUCAAGGAUAUGCCGGUCGGCUUCCAGGGUUAUACCCCCGAGGAGGGCAAACCGUUCAUCGGUAGCAUCCCACCCACCAAGGAUGGAGAGCUCAAGUGGUGGGGAUCCAAGAUUUUCACAAACACCCGGGAGGUCUUGCCUGGUCGUUACAUCUCAUCACCUCCACCAACCCACGACUACAACCAGUGGAAGGUUCCCGGCCCUCUCAAGCAAGAUAUCAUCGAAUCCCGGAAUCUGUGGUAUGGACCCGCAAGCGCGGACUGGGAGAUGACGAAACACCGAAUUUGCUGGGACGCUUUCACAACCUCCUCUGACUUUAUCAUUUCUCCCCACUCCGCCUCUAACGGACUAUACGUCGCAACCUGCGGCUCUUUCCACGGCUUCAAGUUCUUCCCCGUGCUGGGCAAGUAUAUCACCCAGAUGCUUGAGGGUGAAUUGGAGUCUGAAUUGGUGGAGAAGUGGGCUUGGGAUCGCCAGCGUCCUGAUUCUUCGGAGAAUGUGGAGUAUCCUAACUCGGAGAUGAAGCAUCUUUUGCAGCCUGCUGCGAAGCUGUAAUAGGUUUUUUGAAGUGGAGCACUCGGCCUGGAAGGCUGCAUUUGACAUGGAUGCGCGUUUGCGUAAUGUAUUUGACGAAUCAUAUGAUUAGCAUAG